AUGUCUUUUCUCUACAUAUUGCUGUUUGCUACAACUGUUUCGCUCGCUAACUCACUGCAAUGUUAUUCGGGUAGUCAGUUACAAAUUUUGGAUUGUCCUUCUCUCAGUUGUAUCAAACAGACAUUAGGACUGGACACGGUUCGCUAUUGUGAUGGGUCAGGAGUGGCUUCCGUGUGUGAAACUUAUCGAACGUUUGAAACUUGCAAGAUGAUUCCUAAUUUGGGAUUCAUAUGUUGUUGCUCUGGAAACUUAUGUAAUUCAGGUCACGUACCUUUCUCCUUAUUAAGUUUUUUGUUCCCCACGAUCUUAUUCGUGUUGUUGCCUCUAUUAGUAUAG